UUUAAACGGUUAAAAACCGGUCGAACUACAGUUGUUCGUUUAUUAAAUAAGGUUGGACCUAGUAAGCUGAUGAAGGCGAGCCUUGACGGUGAAGGUGAAUCUGUCAGAUAGACAGUAAACAACAUAUCCAUUGGAUUGAACAGAAUGCAUAUCAUCAGUUCAAGACUGGUUGGAGAGCUUGUACACCCAAACACAGCCAGGUGUAUCCAGUGUACCAUUCAUCGUAACUUUAGUACCACAAAAACCUUGAGUGAGCUGCGGAAAUUGUCCACUGUGAAAAUAGUCGAUAACAGCUUGAUAGGAAAAAAGGCAUCAGAGAGCGGCAAAAAGGUGAAAAUUCUUCAGGUUUACACCAGGAAUCAGGUAGCACGUGUUGGAGACAAAGUGUUGUUGUCAAUCCAAAAAGAAAGGAAAAAGGCAUACAUCGUUGGAUGUGUUCAGAAACCUAAGGCAAUGCAGCCAAGGUUUGACAGUAACAAUGCAGUGUUAAUUGAUGAAACAGGUGCACCAAUAGGGACCAGGAUCCGUGUCCCCUUACCCUCACAUCUGAGGGGUGUCAGUGGGGACUUCACCAAGAUUUUAUCAAUAGCCACAAAAUUUGUUUGAUACCUAAUGAAAGUUUUACAAUAAAAAUAAUUGA